UCACUCACUCUUCAUCUUCACUCCUAAACCUCCCUAAUUCUCAGAACUUCUCCGUUUCAGUCUUCCCCGCGAAAAUCUUCACCAAAUUUCUAAAAUGAUCCCCAACUUUCCCCUCACCUUUUUAUCCAUGCGCCUCCCCUAGCUUCCUUCUCCCAUGGACUCUAUUUUCAUUUCUUCCUCACUUCCCUCUCCGUUCGCUUCCCACUUCUCUCCGCCGCAGCCAACCCCCACAUUUCGCCAACUCUCCCCGAAACUGCGCUCCAAAGUCCGAAUUUUUUCAUGCAAAACCCCUCAAUUCUUUCCAUUUGCCCGUAGUUUCUUCAGAUUCAGCUCUCCGGAGACAUCCAGAGCCCCGCAAUGUUGCCAGGGAAAGGAAAUAAAGAGUCUAGAAGCCUCCAGAACUUCAAAUGGAAGCGCAGAAUCAGUUGUUUCUGUUACCAAGUGUAUAGUGUAUACGAUAUUUUGUAUUGCUGUUAGUUUCUCUCCGGUUGUUUCAUUUAAGGUUCCGGCAGUUGCUGCCCCGGUAGCGACUGAAAAGAUUUUGAAUAAAAAAGAUAAAGGGAAGGAAAUUGCGGUGGUGUUGAAAUCAAAGGAUCAUGAGUACUCAGACUGUACGAGAAGAUUGUUGGAGACGGUAUCGAGUUUGUUGAGGGUUAUAGAGGAGGUUAGAAGAGGAAAUGGGGGCAUAGAAGGUGCGAAAUUGGCGUUGAAGGCGGUGAAGGUGAGAAAAGAUGAAUUGCAAGAUGAGAUUAUGGGUGGAUUGUAUAAGGAAUUGAGGGAACUCAAAAGCGAGAAGGAAGAGUUAAUGAAGCGAACAGAGGAGAUUGUGGAUGAAGUUUCGAAGGUUCAGAGAGAGGCUGAGAAGGCAAAAGGGGAGAAAAGGGCAGAGAAGUUGGAGAGAAUUGGGAGGAUGGACAGGGAGUAUGGGGACGCAUGGGAGAGAAUUGGCGAGAUAGAGGAUGCGAUUUUGAGGAGAGAGACAUUAGCAUUCAGUGUUGGGGUGAGGGAGAUUAGUUUUAUUGAGAGAGAGUGUGUGGAUUUAGUUGAGAGGUUUAUUCGUGAAAUGAGGAGAAAGAGCAUUGAAAGUCAGGAGAAGAACUCUUUUACAAAGCUUUCAAGGUCUGAAAUUCAGAAAGAAUUGGAGACUGCACAAAGAAAACACUUGGAGCAAGUGAUUUUGCCUAGUGUUGUCGAAAUUGAAGAUAUUGGACCUUUAUUUGAUCAGGAUUCAACUGAUUUUGCUCUUCGUAUUAAACAGUGUCUUGAAGAUUCAAGGGAGCUGCAGAGGGAUCUGGAGGCUCGAAUAAGAAGAGAUAUGAAAAAAUUUGGCAAUGAAAAUCGUUCUGUUGUAAAAACACCUGAAGAUGAGGUUGUGAAGGGAUUUCCAGAAGUUGAGUUGAAAUGGAUGUUUGGUGAUAAAGAAAUUGUGGUUCCUAAAGCCAUUGGCCUUCAUUUGUACCAUGGUUGGAAGACAUGGCGUGAAGAGGCUAAAGCAGACCUAAAAAGGAGCUUAUUAGAAAAUGUUGAAUUUGGUAAACAGUAUGUGGCCCAAAGACAGGAACGUAUUCUUCUGGAUCGAGAUAGAGUGGUCUCAAAUACAUGGUACAAUGAAGAGAAAGACAGGUGGGAAAUGGAUCCAAUGGCUGUUCCUUAUGCUGUGUCCAAAAAGCUAGUAGACAAUGCCAGAAUCAGGCAUGACUGGGGUGCCAUGUAUAUUGCACUAAAAGGGGAUGAUAAGGAAUUAUAUGUUGACCUUAAGGAGUUUGAAAUGCUAUUUGAGAAUUUUGGCGGGUUUGAUGGACUCUACAUGAAAAUGCUUGCCUGUAAUAUUCCAACUAGCAUUCAGCUGAUGUGGAUUCCCUUAUCAGAGUUGGAUUUUGGUCAACAGUUCAUGUUGGCAGUGAGGCUGGUUCAUCAGUGCUUUAAUGGAGUUCGGAAGUCAAGAACUGUAUCAACUUGGAGACAUUGGAUUUCUGAGAAUAUUAGAAAUACAAAUGAUGACUUAAUGAUGUUGAUUGUGUUUCCUCUCCUUGAGCUUAUCAUUCCUUACCCGUUGAGGAUGCGGUUGGGGAUGGCAUGGCCAGAGUAUAUUGAUCAAUCUGUUGGCUCAACAUGGUACUUGGAAUGGCAAUCUAAAGCCGAAAUUAACUUUAACUCUAGAAAGACAGAUGAAUUUAAGUGGUUUCUUUGGUUCCUCAUUAGAAGUGCUACAUAUGGAUUUGUUGUGUUUCAUGUCUUGCGGUUCAUGAAGAGAAAAAUUCCAAUACUUCUUGGUUUUGGACCUUUGCGUAGAAAUCCAAACAUGCGGAAAUUUCGCAGAUUGAAAGCCUACUUUAAGUUUAGGGUGCGAAGAAUCAAACGGAAGAAAAAGGCUGGCAUUGAUCCCAUAAGAACUGCUUUUGACCGAAUGAAGAGAGUGAAGAAUCCUCCAAUCCCUUUGAAGGACUUUUCUAGUAUUGAGUCUAUGAGAGAGGAAAUCAAUGAAGUUGUGGCAUUUCUACAGAAUCCCGGUGCAUUCCAAGAAAUGGGUGCCCGUGCCCCUCGGGGAGUUCUUAUUGUUGGUGAGAGGGGUACUGGAAAGACAUCUCUAGCACUGGCUAUAGCUGCAGAAGCUAGGGUGCCUGUUGUGAAUGUUAAUGCUCAAGAGCUGGAAGCUGGACUGUGGGUUGGCCAAAGUGCAUCAAAUGUUAGGGAGCUGUUUCAAACAGCUAGGGAUUUGGCACCUGUGAUUAUAUUUGUGGAAGAUUUUGACCUCUUUGCUGGUGUUCGUGGCCAAUUUAUUCAUACUAAACAGCAGGAUCAUGAAUCCUUCAUUAAUCAACUUCUUGUGGAACUUGAUGGGUUUGAGAAACAAGAUGGGGUUGUUUUGAUGGCUACUACAAAAAAUAUCAAGCAAAUUGAUGAGGCAUUACAGCGGCCUGGUCGAAUGGAUAGAGUAUUUCAUCUCCAAAGUCCAACUCAAAGAGAAAGGGAGAGCAUAUUACGCCUUGCUGCUAAAGAAACCAUGGAUGAUGAGCUUAUUGAUUUAGUAGACUGGAGAAAGGUUGCUGAGAAGACAUCUCUUUUACGGCCUGUAGAAUUAAAACUUGUUCCUGUUGCCUUAGAAGGCAGUGCUUUCAGGAGCAAAUUUCUUGAUACAGAUGAACUUAUGAGUUAUACUAGUUGGUUUGCGACAUUUGGUUGUAUUGUCCCCAACUGGGUGCGGAAAACUAAAAUUGUGAGGAAGAUAAGCCGAGUGCUAGUGGAUCAUCUUGGAUUAACGUUGACUAAAGAGGAUCUGCAGAAUGUGGUUGAUCUUAUGGAACCAUAUGGUCAGAUAAGCAAUGGAGUAGAACUUUUAAAUCCUCCACUUGAUUGGACAAGGGAGACUAAGUUCCCACAUGCUGUUUGGGCUGCUGGUCGUGGUCUCAUUGCACUUCUGUUACCAAACUUUGAUGUAGUAGAUAACUUAUGGCUUGAGCCAUGUUCAUGGGAGGGAAUUGGUUGCACAAAAAUUUCAAAGGUGAAAAAUGAAGGUUUUGUGAGUGGGAAUGCAGAAUCAAGAUCGUAUCUUGAAAAGAAACUUGUAUUUUGCUUUGGUUCAUAUAUUGCGGCUCAACUGCUACUUCCUUUUGCUGAAGAAAAUUUUCUUUCUUCUUCAGAAUUAAUGCAGGCUCAGGAGAUAGCUACACGGAUGGUGCUUCAGUAUGGGUGGGGACCUGAUGACAGCCCUGCAAUUUACUACUCUAGUAAUGCGGUUUCAGCAAUGAGCAUGGGGAACAACCAUGAGUAUGAGAUGGCCUGCAAGGUUGAAAAGAUGUAUGAUUUAGCAUAUUGUAAAGCAAAGGAAAUGCUUCAGAAAAAUCGUCGUGUUCUCGAAAAGAUUGUUGAGGAAUUGCUUGAAUUUGAGAUCCUUACUGGAAAGGAUUUGGAAAGAAUAAUGGAUGAUAAUGGUGUUAUUUGAGAGAAAGAGCCUUUUUUCCUAUCCAAAGUUGAUUACAAAGAGCCAUUCUCUAGCGCCUUUCUUGAAAAUGGAAACGCAUCAGGAUCUCCUCUUCUGAACGCAACAAAUUAGGAUGAAAGGAAUUUCCGGCUCUAGCAUUACUACCUUCUUCAGAGUAUGAGAUGAAAGCCCUCACCUCUCGUAUGAGCUUAACCAGUCAGUCUGUGGAUGUUAUGUAGAUCUUAUAUUUAAGUUACAGCUCAUUUAAGAUUUUUUUCUUUUUAAAUUCUUUUUCGAGCAUAGAAAAUGCAGUGUUGUAAACUAGUUGUAUAGGGAGUAGUACUGGGUUGAGAAGAGGCUCGAUUCUUUUUCCUUCUCAACCAUUAAUUAUAAAUUCUUUAUAAGGGUUAAGCAUCAAUAUAAUGAAACAUAUUAAAAGUUU